CUUUUCCAUUUUGCAAGUAUACGGAUCCGUAAAUUUUAGGUGUGGCUCUAAUAAAAUGGCUACCUCUGGUAAGCUCCAGCGUGAGAACAUAGUGUAUGAUUCCUCAGGUCAGCCUUACAUACCAGGGACACAGAGACCAGAUGGGACGUGGCGUAAGGCAAUAAGAGUAAAGGAAGGAUACAUACCACCAGAUGAGGUACCAGCCUACCAAACAAGAGCUAAGAGAGAAGCAGCUAGUGUCCCUACUAGACCAGCUGGUUUGGAUUAUGCAGAUGAGUCCCUUAUGUUAGGUCUGACUGGUGACCACCCUCCUUCCGCCCCCACCCUUACUAAGAAUCAAAAGAAACAUGCCAGGAAACGACAAAAAAAGAAAGAGAAAGAGCCAGAGUUAGAGUUUGAAAUAGAAGAGAUUAUUGAAGGACUGGACAGUGUCCAUACGGGGGAUUCUCCCAGUGCCAUGCCCAUAGAGUUAACCACGCCCACAGGACAGGAUACGACCACACCCAAUCUUGCCAAGCAACUGAAAGCAUUGAGGAAGAAGUUAAAGCAGAUCGAUGAGCUAGAGGAGAAGAGAAAGAGCGGGGCCAAGUUGGACCCAGACCAGAUCAAAAAGAUUAAGAGACGACAUGAGAUUGAGGAAGAAAUAGAAACACUUUCAAACUCUUAAUUUUUAAACAUUUGCAAUUAUUUUUGUAUUACAAACACAAUAAAUGAAUAUAAAUAAUUCAUUAA